UGCCGCCUGCUAAAUCAACACAAACUCCCCGGCGAUAAUCCCCCCCCCCCCCCCGUUGCCCAAAAACUUUACCCACCGACAUUCUCUCAAGUACCCGGGACCGGGGAGGAAGAGUGGGGGGGAGGAAGAGGUCGAGGAUUUUUUUUUUUAGCGAAGAACUAAAAAAGAAACAAGACAGUAAUGGAAAAAGGAAUCCAGCAUAGCCCAUGACUGCCAAGUCAAAUAAGGUUGCAUGUGCCAUGAUCUGAAGUCUGUCUGUGAGACACGGAUUCGACCCAACGUACAGCACGCACACCAAUGAUGCCGCAGUCGGAGUUGUACACAUCUGUGUGGAGCUGGCUGUCCAUACUGCAUCUGGAGCAGUACGCCGACGCUUUCCAGGAUGCCGGGCUCACCACGUUCCAAGAGUGUCGAAAUCUGACGGCGGAGUGGCUGGAGAGGAUGGGAAUCACCCUGCCGGGACAUCAGAGACGCAUCCUGGCCAGCCUUCACAAAACACACUACAACCCCACUGACAUGCAUGCUGUCAUGCCACCCGACACGUGCCCUUCUGAGAGAGCUGAGGACCAAGAGCAUGACCACGCCAAACAGCUGCAGAGCGAGAGACCUGUGCCUGUCCCAAAGGAAAGAGAGAGCUGCGUGGGGGUUGAGGGGAGAGAAAGACCUAUACCCAGAGAGAGGGGGAAGCCAGUUCCCAAGGAGAGACUGGUUUCCAAGACGAAGGAAGGAAGUGAAGGGGGAUUGGAGGGGAGGCCGGUUGCUAGACAACAACCAACAACACCCAGAGAGGGAAAAGGGGGAGAGCAGGACGGAGCGGUGGAUGGAGAGCGAGAGAAGCCUGUGCCUAAAGAGAGGACUAAGUAUCGCUCCGCUCCUAACAUGAAUUGUAGCCCCGACCUCCCCCUCGUGCUCCUUCCCCGUCCCUCCUCUGAUAACCACUUACCCCCGAUCCCCCCCCGGAGCACCCCCAACUGCCCCCCGCAACGCUUCACCCCCACCCUCAGCUCAUCCUCCUCCCCCUCCUCCCCUGUUACCGUUUGUCCCUCCUUAAACCAGAGGUCCAGCCCCAUCGCCAGCCCUGCCCUCACCCCAACACAUGCCCCAUUCCACCCUCUCAGCAUCCCCUCCGCUCCCCCUCCUUACCCUCGGCCUGACACGCUGGCUCUCCCGCUCUCUGUCCAGCAGGGGACAAGUGAGGGAAGGAUUAAAACUUCGCCCUCUUCCCCCACAUCCUCUUUCUCCUCCUCUUCCUCUUCAUCAGCCGAGCUCGGUGAGGACAAAGUUGCCCCGCCUCUCCCACCCAAACUAGGCACAGUACCUAAAGGCCCUCCACCUAUUCCGCGGCGGGCACCUGUAAGGCCUGCGACUGUCGUGCCGUCGAACAGCCCUCCCCAGGGAGAGACGGCCAUCGAUGAGGUGCAGAUGGACCAAACUCCACUCGUCCCACCCCGCAUCAGGACAACGCCAGUGCCGGAUAGCACUCAGCAAAAUGCACAGCAGUUGACCCGCUCCAUCGCGAAGCCUGUUCUCCCUGCCAGAAGGGUCCCCAAACCCCCGCCCAACACCGUUGAUGAUAAUACCGAUGAAUAUGAGGAACCAGAGUUGUUUUGCCCCAGUCUCCAUCCAGUGAACACACCAGACACAGAUAUGUUCCUGCCAAUACCCGUGGUGUCAAGGAGACAUUACUCUUUAUGCAGUGAUGAUGAGCUUUUGGACGAUGAUGAGUCAGUCACCAACCAUCGUGACUCGUGGCAGGACUAUGGGAUCAGUGAACUGCAAAGCAGCGUCUGCCUGCCAGGCACCGGUAGACUGGCUCAGUCCACCAAAGAUGAUGAUUGCCAUCAAUGUUCAGUCAUCAAGAUGGGCUGGCUGGAUAAGAACCCGCCACAGGGGGCCCUUUAUUACCAGAGAAGAUGGGUGAAACUAGACGUUGACUACUUAAGAUACUUUGACAAUGAGAAGGAGGUGUAUUCUAAGAGGAUCAUCUCAACGGCCUUCAUCACUAAUGUGACGAGUGUGGGAGAGCUGAAGUUUGAGGUGGUCACACACAAUCGCACCUUUCUCUUCAGGGCAGAGAAUGAAGCUGAAAGAAAUGACUGGGUGACAGUGCUGCUGGACAGCACCAAGGGGCGACGGCAAACCAGCUUUCUACCAGGUUCACCUUUGACCCCAGAGUAUCAGGGUUAUUUGGAGCUGAGAGGGUUACGCUCCAAACUCUACACUGUGGUUGUUGCAGAUAAGGUCUUCCUCUACAAGACAUUAGAGGACCACCGUAUAGGACUGGGUAUCACGUCUAUUGAGAUGAACGUGGGAAAUGUUAAGGACACGGAUCGACGGAGCUUUGAUCUCACCACACCUUACCGUAUAUUCAGCUUCAUUGCCGAGUCGGAGCAGCUGAAAGAACAGUGGGUGGAGGCCAUGCGCAAUGCCAUAGGCGAGGCCUUGUCCAAUAGCGAGGUGGCAGAGCGGAUCUGGGCGGAGCCUAGCAACAGUUUCUGUGCCGACUGCGGAGCUGCCAAACCAGACUGGGCCGCCAUCAACUUGUGUGUGGUGGUCUGCAAACGAUGUGCAGGACAGCACAGAGGACUCGGUCCAAGCAUCUCCAAGGUUCGCAGUCUGAAGAUGGACCGGAAAGUCUGGACAGAGGAACUCAUACAGGUGUUCUUGCUGCUGGGCAAUGAGAGGGUCAACAGUUUCUGGGCGGCCAACAUACCACCAAGCGAGGCUCUGAUGCCCUCCAGCUGUAGCGAGGACAGACAGCGCUUCAUCACCAACAAAUACCGCCAGGGCAAAUACAGGAAGUACCACCCUCUCUACGGCAACCAGAGCGAACUUGACAAUGCGUUGUGUAUCAAUCUACAGUGCAGCGAUGUGUUGGAGACAUUGAGCCUGGUUUUCUGUGGUGCGAAUGUGAAUUGCCUUACUGGUAUGGCCGAUUGCCCCACGCCUGUCUCCAUUACCAAAACCUACUCCCAGCCUCUGCAAGCUGAGUUCAUCAGCCACAACCUCAACACAGAGGUGCCGCGUUCAGAGGUGGGCAGGACAAUGGAGGCAGAACAUUACUCAGUACCGGCUUCCGUCUCCCACAACGGCUUCCUGUUCAAGACUGGCUCCAUGGCUCGAGCUAUCACAGAGCGCAAGAGCCGAGAAGAAUUCAGUCGACGUUGGUGUACGCUGAACGACGGCUGCUUCAGUUACUAUGAGAGCGACAAAAAUUCCAGUCCGAACGGCGUGCUGAAAGCUACUGAGAUAGUCUGUUUGGCUGUCGACAUGCCUGGGAAACAUGGGUAUGACCGUACCUUUGAGCUGUACUCCGACUCAGAGCGGCUCUAUCUGUUUGGCACUGAUGACCCAGAAAGCCACAAAGAAUGGGUCAAGUCCAUCGCCAAGGCCUCUAUCCCAGCCAACGCUGAGCCUUUGAUAAGGAUGGGUUUUGAGCGGAUAGGCCGGCUGAAGUAUAAAGAUGGGCUGAACCUGCAGAUGUCCAAGGUUGGUUGGUUUGCACUGGUGGGCUCCACCCUUCAUGCCUAUCUGGAGGACAGCCUGGGAGAGGAGAUCCACCUCCGUAAACUGCAGGAACUCUCAAUCCAACAAGACAACGAGGUGCUGGUUCUGGUGGAAAAAGGAAGGACCCUGUACAUUGAAGGAGAGAGGAAGUUGGAUUUCGCUGGCUGGUGUGGCGCCAUUCAGAGGGCGGCGGGGAGUGGAGGGGACACACUGAGCCAGCAGCAGCUCACAGACACUGACAUACCGGUCAUUGUGCACAGCUGCAUUGGCUACAUCACGCAGUGCGGCCUGACGUCAGAGGGGAUCUACCGGAAGAGCGGGGUGAAUUCCCGCGUGGCGGCGCUGUGUGAGGCGUUCCGCCGCGACGCUCGCAGCGUGUACCUGAGAGAGGAGGAGCACCAGGUGGACGACGUCUCCAACACGCUCAAGCGCUUUUUCAGGGAGCUCGGAGACGGUCUGCUCACGGCUGAAGCAUCCAGCGCCUGGCUGAGUACAGCCGCCAUCCAGGAGGACAGUUUUAAGAUUUCGCAGUACCAGCUGCUGUUGAGCCAGCUGCCCCGAGUCAACAAGGUGACAACACGAACCCUGGUCAACCAUCUCUACUGUAUACAACGUUUUUCAGAGUUUAACCAGAUGAACCUCCAUAACCUGGCCAUAGUAUUUGGUCCUACACUGUUCCAGACUGACGGGAAAGACUACUCAGCUGGCCGAGUCAUAGAAGACCUCAUCCAGCACUACACACACAUCUUUGAGGUGGACGAGCAGCAGCUGAAGAGGCAGCUAGAUGAGAUCACAGUCAUUAUCAAAGUGCGGGAGUCUCGCAACACAAAAGUGCCCCCCAACAACUCAGGAGAUUUCAUCUGUACCGUCUACCUGGAGGAAAAGAAGGACACAACAGAGCAACACGUGAAGAUCCCCGGCUCCAUGACGGCAGCAGAGCUGACCUGUGAGAUUCUAGACAGGCGAAAUAUUCUAGCUAAAGACAAGGACUACUGGAGUUGUUGGGAGGUCAGCGAGAAAGAGGAAACUGCGCGUCCCCUUCAUCAUCAGGAGCGGGUUUUGCCUAUUCUUCAUUCGCUCGGCACAGACUCUCACCUCCUCAUCAAAAGACAUUUGGCCAUGGAGGCAAUGAUCAUCUAUCUUGCCAGUAAAGUGGAUGUUUCCAAACACGGGAACAUGAAGUUCCGAGAGGAGCGAAGCAUUCUGGGAUUGGGAUUGUCCUCUGGAAGUUUCCAUGAGCGCUACUUCAUACUCAAUGGCAGCUCUCUCAGGAUGUACAAGGACAUCAGGAGUAAUCGUCCGGAACGUGACUGGCCAGUAAAAAACCUGAAGGUCUACGUGGGUAUCAAGAAGAAACUCCGCCCUCCCACCUGUUGGGGUUUGACAGUGGUCUGUGCAAAUGAGAAACAGGAGAAGCCAGAAAGGCAGCAGUGGUACCUGUGCUGUGACUGUCAGUUGGAGAUGAGGGAGUGGUUUGCCACUUUUCUCAGUGUCCAGUGUGAUGGUGAUGUAUGGCCUGUAGAAGGGAUGCAGAAGACACGUGUGUCCCGUGUGUUGCCACUGGAUACUCGUCACGGUAACGUGUCAUUGAUACCACUGCGUGGCAGUGAGAAUGAGAUGCGGAACAGCGUAGCAGCUUUCAGCCAAGACCCGCUUGCUCUCUUUAGAGAUGUUCGAUAGUGGACCCUGAUUUAAAGGGGGGUGAUCGGUGUAACCAGAAGCCCUUUGAACAGCGUCUUCCUCAUUCUGCAGCUGAAGGAACCACGACGUCUGAUGACCCUUCAGACAACACAGACAGUGUGACAUGUGACACGGUUGCUUGUCCCCAUGAAUAUGAAAUGGACCCACAAACGUGCAAACAACUGGAUUAUAUAUAAUACGGACCCACCGUGAGUUGCCGUGUCACGCAGUAAUUUUUUUUGUAAACACAGUGGAAAUUAAUCCGACAAACAGGUGACUGGCUGGCUAGCAAGGCAGCAGCUGGGCGCCGUGGCGUGAAGUGAAAGAAAACGAUGUCCACCGGUGUCUGUCAGCCUGAUUUUACGGACUAGAAUUUGGCCCCCAGGUCCGCUAAAUCGUCCCCAACUCAAGCUGUUUCAGCUCCAAAACACUCCGCUGCACCAGGCGGUAUGACCUCACCCCGGUGUUGAGUAACGGAGAGGUGUGAGAGACGAGCCGAGAGAAACCUCGUAUUGUACUCUCCAGAAAAGACGGGAAGUCCGAUAACCCCGGCACUGGGCUGGCGUGCGUAACGACCAGCCGUUUGACGUGGGGUCACAGAUUAUGGAACUUUUCAAAAGAAAAUGAACUUUUUUUUUUCCCCCCUUCGUGUCCGGUCGUAACCCAUUCAGUUUGACUUGUCGACCUGCCGCGAAGCAGUUCAGAUUCUCUGUAAGACGGUCUCGGCCGACUCGAACCCGGUUUUGUCCGGAGACUGCUCCCGUGUGGGCCGAGCCGUCGGCUGAGAGGAACCUUGAGGAGGCGGCGGACGUUUUAUAGAUGUUAUUUAGCAGGCCAAUUAUUCUGUCUUCUUACUCGAUACACUGCAUAGAUAAGUGGUGAAAACAUUGUGCGUGUGUGUGUGUGGACGUGGUCAUGUUUGAGGAGAGAGGGGUUCUGCGGAAGAGACUGAACGAGCCAAAGACCGGGGCAAAAUGGAUGUUGAGAACCUCGGUUGUCAUCUGACUGAACACCAGAAGCCUUGUUGGGAUGUGUCUACAAGUUGUUUCUGCAGCAAAAUCAAUCAUGCAAAUAGAGAACAUUUACAUAGUUGGUCGGCCUGGUUAAGAUCUUCCCAGGCUGACGGUCUGUUUUGCUGGUGACGCCGCCUCAGUUUUUCCUCCUCACCUCCGUGACCAUCCAUCCCUGCGUCUCACCCUCUUCUUCUUGUUUACUGUAGGCAGUGAUACACGUUACAUUUUUUUAAGAAAACAUAGAUGGACAAUAUUUAAAAGGUUUUAGUUUCUUGAUGACUCAUUGUUUUAAAAAAAAAAUCUUUCGUUCCUUAUUUAUAACCUAAUAUGUAAUUCAUAUCGGUGUCUGUGUAAUCCCAGCAGUCAUCACAACUGUUGUGUUCUUCACUCUGUGCUGUUACAUUACACAACCCGGUGGCGAAGAAAAUGGAGAUGGGAAGCGUGACGUGCAAAGGAGCUUUAAAAGCCUCACCCUCUUCUUCAGCUCUCAACUGGCACAUGGCUCCUGUCUCUGAAGCGUCACCUUGGUCCAAAGUGUCGUUCACCUUAAUUCUCUCGCUGGUAACAGACAUGCUGGCUGUCAGUAGUAUGGCACCCCUGUACCUUAAAAUGCAGCCCAUGUUCCUCUUCUGCACUCCCCCAGCAUUAAGCAUAAUUAUUUAUUUGGACAACAGAGGGCGCUAAGCACUGGGCUGGAGAACCUAGCUGCCCCCCCCCCCACACACACACACACACAUUGGGGUGUUGUCAAGUUUAACAGUGUUUUACUUAACACCUAUACAUAUGCUGAAAGUGAUUGUGUGUUUGUCCCAAUGACUGCCUUCUCCUGUCCAUCUAUUCUAAUGGGGACCAAAUGUCUAGAACUAGAAACCACCUUGUGGGGACAUUUAGUGGGUCCCAGUGAGGAGAAGGGUCUAUUUAGGUUUAAGACUUGGGUUUAGGGUUAAGGUUAGGAUUAGGUUAGGGUUAAGGUUAGGAUUAAAUUAGGUUUAAGGUUA